AUGGUUAAAUUAACUAAGAUUGAAUUACCUAAGAAACAUAUCGUUUAUGGAAAUGAGUUUCCUGUAGCCUACACGCUAAGCACAAAGGCAUCACCGAUAGAGAUAGAGGAUUUACUACAUCAGGAGGCCAAAAAAGGCUUUUUCAACGAGAUCCUAAGGAAGAAUGGAGCUGUUGUCCUAAGACUUGGAAUAACAGAUCCAGAUAUUCUAAGCAAAUUUAUUAAGGCAAUUGGAUAUGGAAGUGGUGAUGUUCCAUUUGUACAGAAUGGAUCAACUGCCCAAAGGACACAAAUCACAGAUGUGCUAACAACGGCCAAUGAGGGACCAGGUGAAUUGGAUAUAUACCAACAUAAUGAAUUUUCUCGCUUUAAAAGUUAUCCAUCCAAAUUAUUCUUUGCUUGCACCGAAUACACCGCAAAGGGCGGGGAAACUCCUAUUGUGCAUGGAGCUGAAAUUUUUAAUGACAUUCAAAAUAAAGAUCCCAAAUUUAUAACAUCCCUGAGUAAAAGGGGUCUUUUAUUUGAACAAACUUGGAAUUACAAUAGUUCCGAAGGUGUUAAUUGGACAGACAAAUAUGCUUUUGGGAGACUUCUAAAGGGAGAUGAUACGUUGGAAGAAAAAAAGCAGAAGGCGGAAAAAAUAUCUAGAGAACACAUCAGCGACGAUAUUUCAUGGACCAAGAAUAAUAAUUUGGUGUUAAAGGAACAUACAGAACCAUUGAAAUUGUAUGAUAAUGGUGAGAGGAAGUACGGCGUCUUCUUUAACAGUAUUCCUGCAUAUUAUGGGUAUAUCGCCUAUCAGGUGAAGGGAUAUGGAAACGAAUCAAAAAUUUUGUAUGACGAUAACGAAGAGCCAAUUUCCAGGAGAGAUCUAGAUAUUGCCCUUGAAAGUUCAUUCAGUAGCGAAUAUAACCAUGAAUGGCAGGAAGGAGACUUGGCUAUCAUUGAUAAUUUUCAAGUGAGUCAUGGUCGAAAACCUUGGAGGGAUGGAAAACGUAAAAUUUUGGUUAGUAUGUGGGAUACCAAAAAUAGAGAAGAGUUUCCAAAAUACGUAGUGUGA